GCUUCGGAGAAGAAAAAAAACCGGCACUGACAGUUUUGCAUGACCGUCCAACCUCGAUGUCAACAAGGAGUUUCUUAUUUAGUCAAACCUUAGAGAGGCAUUCAUUAACUUUGUUCUUGGUGUAACUCCCGGGAAAAUAGGUUUCGGAAAACAGAGCAGGCCUCAAUGAGUUCCCUCUCAGCAGAAAGGAAGGCCCCACUGGACUAUGGUGUCCAGAUCCGCUUCAUCAAAGAUCUGGACGACACUGGAGGAGGGUUACCAGAUAUGACUAGACUAGCCAGUGGAGUUGGUGGUGUUAGCAAUGGACCUCCUUCACCCACUAAAUAUGGAGUAACUGUGCGGGUGCAAGGAAUUUCGGGACAACCUUACGUGGUGCUCAAUGAUGGAGAGAAAGGAGACUCUUAUGGGGUACAGCUGAAGGCUCAACCACAGACCCAAAGCUCAGCCCCAGUUAUUUCUCGGUCUUUUCCUUACAACAGUCUGCUGCAAAGGGAAGGGGCUCGGACUCCCCAGGACUCUAAUACCCCAGUUGGCCAACCUAGCUGUCCAGAGGAGGAAUAUGGGAGCCCGUUAAAGAGGCCACCUGGUGACGGACAAGCAGGGAGUCAAGGAGAGGCUGAGGGGAGGCCUACCCCUUCUACUUUGGUUCUUAUGAUGGACAACAAGGAAGAGGAUGAUUUUAAUGAAGCAGGGCUUAGGAAGGUCAGGCAGAAUGGGAUUGGUGGUAGUCCUAAUGGGGAAGGGAUAAAUGGAUCUUUCCCUCCUACUUUCUCAGGCUCACUGGAUGAAGAGAAAGCCCCAGCAAUAGACACUAAGUCAUUGGCUCCCAUUAAUAAACUUAUCAGCCGGUUUGGUGGUAGUGAUGUUCCCAACCCAGAAACCCGAACUCGGCCUCGCUUCGAUAACAGAGUACGAUCCCAAAGCGUAGAUGCCCUGACCAAACCUAACGAAGAGCCCCCACCGACUUCGCCAACGAUUAACCCCUAUGCUACUAUUACACCCACUACAGUGCCCAAACUCAACUCACCUAAACCAUCAACCAGCAGUAUAGGACGGGACUCCACCUCUGUUGCUAAAGUACCCGCAGUCCCCAAAUCCAAACCGCUCACUUUCAGCCAAUCACCAAAGCUGUUUGUUCCUAAUGAGGCACCAUCUUUUGUACCAAAGAAACCAAUGACCCCUGACCUCAUAAAGAGCCAGACCCUGAGUACAGAGAUUGAAAAUGGAGAGGACGCCCAGGCCAAACAAGCCAUUUACAACAUUCUUAAAGAAGGGUCUAUUGAGAGUGAUUUGACCUUGAAACGUAAAGCGAGUCUCAUUCAUGAGAGAUUCUGUGGGUUGAAGGGUCCUCAGAUCCUAGUGACUGACAGCAAUCUGAAGACUGAACUGGAUCAGGCUUUCAACAAGAACACACAAUUGCAGCAACUCCUGGACAAGACCAAGAGAGAACUGCAAGAAUACCAGGACCAAAUGGUGGAGCUGCGGAUCGAUAGAGAGAGGGCGGAGUCUCGCUUACGGCAACAGGAAGAUCAGCUGGCUCAACUCCAGGAAGAGCUCAGACGAAUGCCGGAAAAUUCAGCUCAGUCUGACACCAUGCAACUAGACUUGAUAACAGUACAGGCGGACCUGUCUGAGUCUCUGAUGUUGCGGCAGAAGCUGGAGGACACUUUAAGGCAGAGAGAGCGAGAGCUCACCGCUUUGAAAGGGGUCCUGAAGGAUGAGGUUGAGACCCAUGAUAAAGACAUGGAGGCCCUGAGAGAGCAGUACAGUCAAGACAUGGAGGCCCUGCGUCACAGCAUGGAGACUGUCUCACAGUCUCAACUAGAAAUCGAAGAGGAGCGCCAGAAUGUGAAUGCUUCCAUCUUGGCUCUGGAGGAGGAGCUGGAGGGCUACAAAGAUCAGAGCGACCAAUGGAAAGAGAAAUUUAAUUCUGCCAACCAAGAGCGGGGGCAGCACAGCGCAUUUCAAAAACUGCUGCAGGCUCAGCAGGAAAAGAAGCAUCUUGAAGAGAAGCUGUUCACAAUUAAGAAACAAACUGAUGAGACAGAUUCAUACUCAUUAACACAGGAGUUGCAGCGUUGCCAAAAUGAUUUAAAGAGAGCACAAUCAGAAUUACACAAACAGAAAGCAGAGGCAGGGAAAAAGGAGGAGGAGCUUAAAUCAGCGACGAGAGUCAACGAAGAGCGAGAGAAAGAACUGAAGGCAGAGAUAGGCAGACUUAAAAACCAAUCAGUGAAAGACAAAGAGGAACUUGCAAAAGCACUGGAGAAGACACAACAGCCCUCCGUUUUGGAGCAAUCUCAGGAUGCUGGGAGCAACCUGGAACUUCAAGAGGCAAACGCUCGCUUGAGAGAGAGAUUAGCACGCAUGACACAGCUACAAUCCAGCGUCCCAGACUCCUCUGAUGUUCUGGAGGAGGAGAACCGAAGCUUGAGGAACCAGGUGGAGGAGUUGAAACGCACAGUGUCUCGGAUUGGACAGGAGAAAGACGAGCUCAGCAGACGUCUGGAGGAGAGGGAGAGGGAGAGAGAAGCCCUGAGACGAGGCAAGUGUGACCUUGAGGAGCAGAAGAGAUUGCUGGACCGAGCACUGGAGAAGAUCAGUAAAGAGAUGGAGUCUAUGAUGGGAGAUUCACGUCAGUCUGUGCAGGUUCUUCAGUCUCAGUUAGAUGAGUUCAGAGAUCGUUCUCGUAGAGAGCUGCAGGACGCUCAGAGACUCAGUAAAGACAGACUGGCUGAGCUGCAGAGAGCACAGACCAUCCUCAAGGCCACACAAGAGGAGCUAUCCCGUCUGAAGAAAGAUCUGUCAUCAUGUUCAGAGGAGAGGGACAGCACUCAGCUGGAUAAAGAUCUGUUGAGCAGCCGUCUCAAGCAUCUGGAGAGUGAGCUGGAGACAGAGAGAAGCUCACAAAUGGACCGCGGCAGAGAGAUACGACAGCUAGAGGAUAAACUGAAGACUUUAGAGAUUGAGCUGGAUGAGGAGAAGAGUGGGGCAGAGUUACUGACUGAACGCAUUACCCGCAACCGAGAGCAGGUGGAUCAACUCCGCUCUGAACUGAUGCAGGAGCGUUCGGCUAGACAUGACCUUGAGAUGGAUAAGAGUGCCUUGGAAAGACAGAUCAAGGAGUUAAAGUCUCGUUUAGCUGAUCUCGGCACUCAGGCUCGUCCUUCUGCUGGAGUCACACUGCUAGAAAACAAAAUCCAGGAGCUGGAGGACCGAUUACGCAGUGAAGAGAGAGAGAAAAACACCAUUGUGGCAUCUCAGAGGAGAUUGGACAGGAAGUUUAAAGAUGUGACGGCCACCUUGGACCAGGAGCGAAACCAGCACGCUGAACAAAGAGAUCAGCUGUCUCUGCGUGUGAAGGCUCUGAAGCGUCAGCUGGAUGAGAGCGAGGGGGAGGUGGAGCGUCUGGAGGGAGUCAGACGGAAGGUUCUGCGGGAGCUGGAGGAGCAGAGGGAGAUGCAGGUGGCGCUGCAGGCCAAAGUCAGCACGCUGGAGAAAGACCUCAAGAGAAAGCUCCAGCACUCCCGACGCCCGACUCUAGGAUCCACCCUGAGUUCUGAGGACGAGGACGGUUACUCUGAUUCUAAAAGCAUCACAUCCAUUCUGACUGAGACCCCUCUCCAGACCACCAACUGUUAAAGAAUGUCUUCCUGCAUAUACUGAAUACUGGAAGGUCUUGUCUAGUUAAUGUAAAAAUGACAAAAGAAACAUGAAAGAUUGCUGAUCUUGAUCAUUUAUAUUAAGAAUAUUUAUGAAGGAUGCAACUGAAGUGAAGAGCACAUUCUGCAAGUUAACAGUGAAACAGUGUCUUUUCAAGAGGAAGUGAUGUCAGGUGUUUUUGACACUGACAGCAGGUUGACUGGUUAGACCCGGAAUAAAACCGUUUCAGAUUGAAAGCAGUCAGAGUGAAGAUUUGUCAACCAAAAGCUCCUUUAAUAUUGUUCAUGCCGAAAAGGGAGGUUCAGGUUGUUUUUCCCGUAAGAAAUUAUUUUUGUUUUGAAGGACUCUCUGUGUUUAAGUGUGUCACGUUAAGUACAUUUUACUUAUGCAAAAUGUGAAUUGUUCGUUGAAGGAAUUUACAUUCUUGAAUAUUUUUGUAUGACCUAAUUUCCCAGAGGUUUGCAGUGAAAAUGAUUCAUUAAUUUUAUUUUCAUACAUGAAGGAAUGGAUGAACAUGCAAGGUCAGUUUUAAAUGGUCUGAUUUUACAAACUGCACUUCAACAGUGAAUUUAUAAAGCUACUAAAUUUAAUAUGACACACUGCCAGUGCUCUCCCUGUUAGCAUCAAGAAAUGUCAUGCACUACUGGGAACUAUAAUGAAGGAUCCGAGGAAUUAUUUAUUUUCCACUUGUUUAGCUUUCAUGCAAGAUUAAAAAAUUAAACUUGCACUACGUGAAUGAAUGCUUUUGUGCCAAGACAAAAAAAAUAACAAAAUCUUUUGAUGUUUUGACUUAUGUUAUAGAACUGAUUUGGAAGACGGUUUCAUUUUACUCUGUACAAUAUUAUAUAUGUAUAUACUGCCCUAUGUUUAAAGUUUAUUCAUAAACUACACAGUAAAAGUGAUAAUUUACUUUAUCUUUUGCAACAUACUCUUCCAUGUUCUGUUUUUA